AUGUCUUGCGCGGUCAAAGUGUCUUGCGCAACCUCAGUGGACGACGAUGUAACUCCAAUUCAUGAUACAUACAAGAUAGGACUGUUAUUGGCACCGAGCGCGCCGAUCAAGCUCUAUCGUGUAACCCUUCGCGCUCUACAGGAAGAAGUACAAACUGAGGGUCCAGAUCCUUGGGCUGACGCGAUCAUCGAUAGAGGAAGCGACAGAGGUUCCAGUCCGAUAAGCGAGGUCGAAGAGCUAAUUGGCAACGAUACGCCGUCUUCUACGAUAUGGUCUGCGUCGGUUUCAGAUGCCUCCGCCUGGACAACUCAAUCGAACAGUUCCUGGUCACAGACGCAGGCGACAAUUCUCGACAGUGCAACCUCAAUGACGUUGGGCGCUGAUGUCAAGGUCUCUGGUUCCAGUGAUUUCAAGGGUAACGGUGAUAGCUACAAACUCCCUCAUAGCCAAGCCCUCAAUAUGCCGCCUAUCAAGAUCGAAAACCGAAGUAACAGCGAAGUCUUCGAUAUUUUCUUUGAGAUCGAAGAUACCAAGGAUGCAAUUUUGGCUUUUGAGCCACGCAUCACGGCCGUACUACAGGUUGGCAACGAUCGAGAAAGACUGCGUAGCGUCGACCCGACAGCCGCCUGUCAACUCAGCUUCGAACUAGUCAUAUGGGCAAUGCCAGAAAGCUUCAUCUCACUAGGCGGCACCGAGCCCGUGAAGAUAAUAAGAACGUUCAAAGUCUAA